AUGAUUGCUAAGGUCGCCAUCCUCUUCGCUGCUCUUGCAGCUGUAAAUGCCAGUGUUUUGUUGGGACAUGGCGCUUUGGUGAACACCGGAGUCAGUUCCAGAUCUCAAACUCAAGACGCAUACGGAAACUAUGCUUUCGGCUAUGACAUCAAGGACGGACUGGGUGCCACCAACUCCCGAUCCGAAGUAGGCGAUGCCCACGGAAACAAGAAGGGAUCUUAUGCUCUUGCUGACGUCGAUGGACGAGUCCGACGUGUCGAUUACGUCGCUGAUGGUCAUGGAUUCCGAGCCGUCGUCAAGACUAACGAACCCGGAACUGCUGCUAGCUCCCCAGCAGCUGCCCUUGUUGCCAGCCCCUAUUCCGGACCCGUCGCUCCCGUUGUCAAUCAUGUAGCCCCUGUUGCACCAGCUGUUGUCGGACACGCUGCUUCCUACGCAGCCCCAGCUCUUGCCGCCCCUGUUACUUAUGGUGGUGUUCUUGGACAUGGAGCCGCCCUUGGUGUUGCUGCUCCUCUUGGGUUUGGAUAUGGAUCUACUCUUGGACUUGGAUAUGGUUUGGGACUUGGCAAGGCUCUUAUCCACUAA